UGCUCCGAGUGCAAACAGUCACCAGAGAACAGCCAGAAACAAGCAGAGACACGUGGAGACAGAGAGUGACUGGAUUUAUUAAGAAGUGGACUGAACCUCCUCUACACCCUGUCUACUUUUAACUGAAAGGUGAGACUAAAUACCAAACCAAGGAGGAUACCGACUGACCUGAGUGCAGCCGGACAGGUUGAGGUGGAUGAGAUUGUGGCAGCCCUUCUCUGUGGCCAGCUCUUCUUUCUGAAAAGACAAUCCCUGCAGAGAGCAUGCGUGUGACCUCCUCUCUCCUGUUAGCCUCCCUUUUCCUCCUCCUGCUCCCGUACGCCGAGAUGAAAAGACCGGGGAAGGGCAGAGGCCUCAAAGGAGCAAGGCACAAACUCACACGGAACAGGGUGAGAGGUGUUGGGCGCCACAGCAGAUCGGGCCCCUCCAGGAUUUCUGCACCUCAAUGCUCAGAGUUGACAGAAUCUGGAGACUUCUUUGUAGACUGCCAGGACCGAGGCCUCAGCUCCAUCCCCGCCUCACAGUGGUCCAAACAACCAAAACACCUCCUUCUCGCACGCAACCGGAUCAAAAUCCUUCGUGAUGGAGCUUUCUUGGGAUUUGAGAGCAUAACCAGUCUGGACCUGCAGCAGAAUCACAUCUCUUUGGUGGCUGAAGGGGCCUUCCAGGGUCUGACACGCCUUACAACCCUGCUGCUGCAGCACAACCGCCUGGGGACACUGAGCGAAGAGGCCCUCAUCUCCAUGCCGAACCUACGGCACCUACGUCUACAUGACAAUCCCUGGAACUGUGUCUGCCCGAUGGAAAGUCUCAUCCGCACCCUUCAGGUCCCAAGCAACCGUAAUCUUGGAAAUCAUGCCAGGUGUGCAGAGCCCUCCAGGCUGAAAGGCAUGAAGUUGAGGCAGAUUAACCCAGAGUUUCUCUGUAAGGAGAAGACAGGCCCAACAGGCAAACCACAGGGCGACCAAACAUAUCCCACAAACCCUGUACAACCUAUUCCAAUUCGCACUAAACCGGACGCCACCACAUCUUGCCACACCUACCUAUUCCCCCAAGUACGGAUGGACUGCAGCAAGCGAGGUCUAACUGAGGUGCCUACAGGUAUUCCAGAAGAUGUUGUUCAUAUAGAUAUGUCCCACAAUUCAAUCCGUCAUCUCAAAGCCAGAGAUUUCCAAGGAGCCAGGAGCCUAAGAAGCCUCAACAUAAGUCAUAACAAUAUGGAGCACAUUGACACAGGUUCCCUCUCUGGGCUGCUGCACCUUCGUGAGCUAGACCUGUCCGACAACAGCCUGCAUUCUGUCCAGUACGGGGUUCUUGAAGACCUUUACUUCCUGUUACAGCUAAAACUGGGAGGAAACCCCUGGGUGUGUGACUACAGCAUCCACUACAUGAUGUACUGGCUGCGCCUUCACACAGGGGUCAGGUACUCGGGCAUGCUGUGUCGCUCCCCUCCUGAACAUACAGGGGAGAGUGUGGCAGAGUAUGUGCGUUCAUACAACAGAGCGUGUCCAAAGGACAGACAGCACAGCAGAACAGAUCCAGAGCAAACAGACCCUGAACUCUGGAACACAGCAAUGGAAGUGCAGGGAGAGCUGGAGGAGGAGCUGGAGCCCAGCCACUUGAGAACACCACAGAAAUACCAAAUCAUCAGGCUGUCCUGAAUCCAGUGAAAUAUGACCAACAAUUUACCUUUUGCAAAUGCUAUUUAGUUUCCCUACUUUCGCUUCCUUUCAUUAUUAUUAAACUGUCUGUAUCAGAUGGAGAUCCUACUGUCCUUUUAAUCAAAGUAUAAAGAUCUUAUUAACUUA